GUGGGGCGCGCGCGGUCAGGUGACUGGGCCAAGAUGGCGGCGUCCGGCUCCGGCGGGUUCCUGGCUGUCUCUCUUCUCAGCUGGUGUUGCGCGGCCAGGGUGCUGGGGCAUCCGGACUCGCCGCCGCCGCCGCUGGUGAUCUGGCAUGGGAUGGGAGACAGUUGUUGUAAUCCCCUGAGCAUGGGUGCCGUUAAGAAGAUGGUGGAGAAGCAACUACCCGGAAUUUAUGUUUUAUCUUUAGAGAUUGGGAAGAACAUGGUGGAGGAUGUGGAGAACAGCUUCUUCUUAAAUGUCAAUUCCCAAGUAAGGAUAGUGUGUGAAAUUCUUGCUAAGGAUCCUAAGCUGCAGCAAGGCUACAAUGCUAUAGGAUUCUCCCAGGGAGGCCAGUUUCUGAGGGCAGUGGCUCAGAGAUGCCCGUUACCUUCCAUGAUGAAUCUGAUCUCAGUUGGGGGACAACAGCAAGGUGUCUUUGGACUCCCUCGAUGCCCAGGAGAGAGCUCUCAUAUCUGUGACUUCAUCAGGAAAACGCUCAAUGCUGGCGCUUACUCCAAAGUUGUUCAAAAACGCCUGGUGCAAGCAGAAUACUGGCAUGACCCCAUAAAGGAGGACGUGUACCGCAACCACAGCAUCUUCUUGGCAGACAUAAACCAAGAGAGGAGUGUCAAUGAAUCCUAUAAGAAAAACCUGAUGGCCCUCAAGAAGUUUGUGAUGGUGAAAUUCCUCAAUGAUUCCAUUGUGGACCCUGUAGUGUCUGAGUGGUUUGGAUUUUAUAGAAGUGGCCAGGCCAAAGAAACUGUUCCCCUCCAGGAGACCACUCUAUACACAGAGGACCGCCUGGGACUAAAGGAAAUGGACAAAGCAGGGAAGCUAGUGUUUUUGGCUACAGAAGGGGACCAUCUUCAGCUGAAUGAAGAAUGGUUUUAUGCCCAUAUCAUACCCUUUCUUAAGUGAAGCCCUUGUAGUUUCUAAGUACUCAGGAGACCCUGGAUCUUCAAACUAUAUGGACAGUUCACAGCCAAUCCUGAACGCUGAUCCAGCUUCCAACCAGUCUUUCUCUCCUGUUACCAUCUAACAUGCCCUAGUUGGAAAGAUCUAAGAUCUGAAUCUUGUCCUUUGCUGCCUCCUAUCACCACAUCGUGUUGAAUUCAAGUCUAAUUAGCUAAUAACCAUAACCAUGGAAAUUGUUUUACAACCUUAUGAUAUGGUCAAGCUUUGUCUUAAGAAAGGGAAUCUGCUGUUGUAGAUCAAUGAUUGUGCCCAGGCCCAAAGAAGACUGAAUAAACUGAACAGAUUGAGGGUAAAAAUUGACCCAAAUUUUGAACAAAUAAAAAGGAGGUGGUGUCCAGCCCUGAGAUGCUCACAUGUUGCGUUACUGGUAUAGACAGUGCUUGAAGAGUAUUGCUUUGAUAAUGUUCUGCAUAACUUUUUAAGGCUAUUUUCUUUUAAGUAUGUUGCUUUCUUGUGGUACAUAAGAUUACUCCACAGGCCUACUGUCUUUCCCUGCAGAACCCAUUUUGUUUCCUCAGUAAUGAGUUACAAAAGAGGGAAGUAGUAGUCAACUGGGUUGCUUAAGAGGAGAAAUAUGGGUUUUUUGAGUCAUGAUCUUAAAUGCAGUGUUGGCUGGCCGGAAACUUGCUAUGUAGAUCUUCCUUACUGCUGGGAUUAAAGGCACGUGCUACACCACCCCUAUUAGAAGUGUGCAUCUUAUAUGCUUUAGUGGGGGAGGCAGUGAUGAAAAGGGGAAUGGACAUGAAGACGAGGUAGCUGGUUCAUCCCAUUCCAUCCCUAAGUACCCUUAAUAUGACAAGUGUUCCAUAUGCUGAUUAUACCAUUGCUGACUUCAGCACAGAAUGUGAGGAAUGAUUUGAGAGGCUUUUACACUUCUGUCUCCUAAAUCCUGCCUACCAGCAUACUCCAAACCAUUGCUGAUAUAUUGUGAAAAAAAAGAUUGGUUUUGCUCCAAAAGCUUGAGGAAUAUACUUCCUGUUCUCUCUUGGAGACCAACUCAUCAGGAUUACUCCUACUGGUUACUUAAAACUAACCGUUAAUCCACAUUUCCUACAUUGAGCAUGGCAUCUUCAGUCCCCACUCUGAAGACCUACCAAGCCUUUCCGGGUGAUUUCUAUGGAGUGCUACUUUGGAGAAAAGACUGUUGUCAUGAAGGCACCUUGUUAGUGUUCCCUUUAUUAGUUUUUUUUCCUUUUCCUUUCUCAAACCUAUUCCUCAAAUAAAAGAUGGAAGGUUAAGUGGGAAGAUGUGAAAAUAACUUGAAGAGGUUGCCUAAAAUCAACAGUGGUUUCUUAUACUUGGUGUCAUUUUCAACAUUUUUCAUCUCUAUAUGGAAAACAUAAAAUAACUAAGCAAGUUUGGUAUUAAUUUUAUUCUAUUUUCUGUAUAACUUUAAGUACAUAAAGGUUUAUUUCCACAGGCCUCAGGAAAUGGGUAGAAGUCACAGGACAAUCUCUCUUCCCAACAAAAAAAAGUUGCAUAUUUUGGUCAUGUGGGAGAACUGGAAUUUACAAUAGCAAUGCUGUACAAGAUUCUUAUGUAAAUCAAGCCCUAAACAGCCUGCAGUGGAGGUGUUAGUCCUCUGCUCAGGCCUACACUGAGGCUCUAAGCUGCUGAGCAUGACAGGCAGGAGGAGGCUGUGGAGACCUUGAGAGGACCCUGGCAGGGAGGAGGAAGACCAGAUUCCUUGGAAUGCUGUGUUGCUUUUCCUUGUUUUUCACUUUUCUAGGUUGUCCCCACAGGAAGGUACUAGGCAGG